AAGCAGUUCAAUUCAAUGUUUAUUGCCAAUGAUACAAGGUAGAUUUGUAUCGAAAAAAUGAUCGAAGUGAAAACACAGAAGGGUAGCCAAAUUCUCGAGGAAAGUGGUACUAUACCAACUACUCACAAUGAGAAAAAUCAAGAACCCACAUUCGAAAAGAAGAAUAAAAAGGAUACGUUGAUUUUCCGUUUUUCUGCAGCAACAGCAUAUCUCAUCAUGGAGACAAUUGGAUUCAAUCUAGUAUGGACCCCACUCAUCUUGCCAGAUUUGAGAAAUAAUGACACGAAUAUCAACCCAUUGGGAGAACCCAUUGAAAUAAGUGAAAUGUCAUUGUUAAUAGGAUUACCGCUAGUAAUGUAUUUAUCUUCGAUUUUCUUCAUGGUAAAGUUGCCAAAUAUUAUAGGAAGAAUAGAAACUAUGAAGUACAUGUCUAUAGGAAUGGUAUUUGCGAAUAUUGCCGUGGCUUUCGGAACACAUAUAAAUUUUUACUACAUAGCAAGAUCUAUAUUCAUAGUAUUGGCAGGGUCAGCCUUAUUGGCAGUUCAGCUAUACAUGAGAGAAAUUGUAGAAGAUCACAAUAGAGAAAAAACUAUGCCUCUAAUGUAUUUGGCUUUGCCAAAUAGCUACUCUUACUCUUUCAUAGUGAUUCUUAUGGCAAGUUUGGGAAAGUUCGAAAGAGUUCGGUAUUUCACCUCGAUAUUGUGUACAGUACCUCUGGUUAUUAGCCUAAUUUUUCUCUACACUUUUGUACCUGAGUCACCAGUGUACCUAGCAAUGAAGGAAAAGGAAGAAGAAACGAUGAAAACGUUGAGGAAGUUAAGAAGCAAUAAAAGCAACAAAGAAAUAGAGCAAGAUUAUUUGAAAAUUGGGGACAUAUCAAAGUCUAGGAUGGAAUCUGAGAAAAGUGGAUUCUUGACCCUGUUUAAAACACCAGCUCUGAGAGGAGACAUGAUAGUUGCGUUGGUAGCAGAUAUAACACAACAUUUAUCUGGAGUUGCUGUAAUUAUGCCAUUUCUUGGACCCAUUUUCAUGGAAGCUCAUACACAACCAUCUGGAUAUAUACUGGUAAUCCUGUUAAUCAUCGGGUGCACUGUGACUCUAUCUGUAUUUCUUUUGAUCAGAAUAAUCAAUAAGAGAAUUGGAAAGAGGGCUUUGCUCCUAUUUUCUUUUUGCUCAACUGGCAUUUCAUUAAUUCUUCAUGGAUUAUAUUUUCUCUCUAAAACUAAGAAUAUCAGCUUCAUUGAAAAUAUACGAUUAUUGCCAGUUUUCUCUAUUAUAACGUAUGUAGUGGUUUACUUUUUUGGACUGGGACCAUAUUCUUUGCUGAUAGUUGAACUUUUUCCAAGUGAUCUGAAAUCGGCAGCCACGUUUCUCAACACUAUUAUUGUUACAUUCUUGAUGAUAGUCACGUCUACUGUAUUUCCCAUCGCUGUCGAGUAUAUUGGAAUACAUUGGUGCAUCUGGACCUUUUCAUUUUUCAGCUUCUUGGGUUCUUGUUUCGUGUACUUCAAGUUAACUGUAAUGAAAGGUAAAUCACCUUCAGGAAUUCAAAACGAUUUAUGUUGAUAAAGAAUUGUAGUAUUUCAGUUAUUACAUUCAAUGAGAAUAUAAUAUUUAACAAAAGUCUGUCAUGCUACAUUAACCUAAAUCUUGAUCAAAUCUACAAAUGUAUUUCUAUGAUAUGAAUAUGUAUAUGAAGUAAAUUUCAUACCUAUUCUGUUGUUUAUUUGAGCUGAAAAUAUUCGUUUUUUGUCCCGAAAUAUCAUCAAUAUAAAUAAAUAUUACAGAUUAUUGGUGCCAUGUCUGUUAAUUUUGAUAUAACCGAUGUGUUUUAGUAAGUCACAAUAUAUUAUUAUUGGUUUGAGUAGUUAUAGUGUGAAUAUGUUUUGUGAUGAGUUAAUAAAGUUCAUUCUGUACUAUGAAUA